AUGGCGAGCGUACUUGUCCUCCUGGGGACGGUCUGCUUGUAUAGCUAUAUAAAACUACAUUUUCUAGAGGCACAAACACAAACCUUCCCUGUUAAUCAGCUUGAACGCGGAUUUGUUUCCAGGAAGAGAGCACUUCAACAUAUGGGCGACCUUUUGACUCGGCUCCGAAUGCAGCAACAAUCCAUCACGUCGUUGGAUCAGUCGGAGCUUCGGACAAACCAGUCAGAAAUAUUAACUGAACUCUCAACAGAUCUAGAAAUAGUGCAAUCUCUGGGGCUGAAGUCUUUAAACAGGCACAUUGACAUGCUAUUAGGAAGGGAUUCAGAAGCAGAAAAGUCGGAAGAGGAUGAAAAACCCUCAGUUAGAAACAAUAGCUUCAGCAGACAUAUUGUCACUCCUAGAUUUUGUUACACUACAGCAAACUCCCCACAGGGCAUUCAGCGUCAGGUGGACCCAUCCUUCUGUACACGGUUGAUCGACUUGUUCAACGACAUUCAGCGCGGUGACCAGCCUUCCUUGCUGACCAUAUUCACCUGGCUUCCUGACCCACUAUACGACGCCGACAGACUAAGAAGGCGCGUUUUAUUUGAAAAUUGGACCCUGUUGCGACCAAUCGUCCAGCCAGUUCUGUUUACUGACAGUCGAGUUUACAUGGCCCUUGCCAACGCCUUCGACUGGCCGUGUUUUCCUGUGAGUCGUUACAGCAAACAGGGAGUUCCUGUGUUCAAAGAUAUGGCGCGAACUGUUGCCCAGAAGUUCAACUCUACGUUUUACGGGUACGUUAGGGCCACCACAGUUUUUGACGCUUCAUUGGUGGAAACGCUACUCAAGGUGAAAGAAACUUACGUGGACAAAUUGACUGGAAACUGGACGCAACUAAUAGGCAACAGCAAAGAUAAUGUACACAAUAUGAAGCCGGUUCUUGUCUAUGGGAGGUCUCUUAAGGCCAACAACCUAGGUUCCAUGAAAAGUCUGGAGUACUUGUGUCAAACUGUCAACACAACUGAAGGUCACGAUUGGCCGGAGAGAAAGGAGUCCUUGACCUAUUUCUUCUACUCAAACCUGGACUUUUCCGACAUCCCUGAUUUGAUAGUGGAAGAUAAAUAUUUGACCUCGCAGCUCGUCUCGAGGUCAAUGGCUCUGAGGCACCUUGUUGUGGACGCCAGCGCCACCCUGUUUUCUGCCCACGUGGUCAGAGGUAUCACCACAUCCGAAUGGGGGCGCCAGUACCUACCUGCAAAACCACGAGAUCCCUAUUAUAACAGGAAAUUGGGAAGUCUGUACUUCCACUCCCAGGGGAUUUCCAGACCGGGGAAACGACUCAAUGAAGUGGCCACAAAAUUUUCCCGAAGUGGUCAUAUGUUUAUCGAUAUUAGAUCUGGAGAACGUCUUUCAAAGUAA